AGGAGGAGGCGAGGAGGAGGAGGAGGAAGAGGAGGAGCGGAGUCAGAGCGCGGCGGCAGCGGCAGAGGCGGCCGCGGCGGGGACCAGCCCAGAGAGACCCCGAGCCCGCGGCAGAAGCGGCGGCGGCGGCUGAGCGGGCGCGACCAGCCGAGCGAGCGGCGGCGGCCCGGCUCCUCCUCGUCCGGCGCCGAGCGGCCCGCGCCCGCACUCGGCCCGCGGAGACCCGCCUCCCGCCCGCCGGCCUCGUGAGGGACGCGCCGAGCCGGCGGCCGAGGAGCGGCGGCGGGCCGGGAGCGCGUCGGGCCGCGGGCGGAAAGUGCCUGCGGGGGCGGGGAGAGCGCGGCGAGCGCGCGGUCCGGCCGCCCCGGCGCCCGGCGCGGGAGCGGAGCGGAGCGGGACGCCGAGUCCCGAGCGGCCGGCGGCCGGGGCUCCCCGCCCCUCCCUCCUCUCCGGCGGCGGCGGCGGCGGCGGCGGCGGCGGCGGCGGGCGGAGUGAGCUGCGGAGCCUGGAAUAUGGUCGGGGAAAUGGAAACGAAGGAGAAGCCGAAGCCCACCCCAGAUUACCUGAUGCAGCUGAUGAACGACAAGAAGCUCAUGAGCAGCCUGCCCAACUUCUGCGGGAUCUUCAACCACCUCGAGCGGCUGCUGGACGAAGAAAUUAGCAGAGUACGGAAAGACAUGUACAAUGACACAUUAAAUGGCAGUACAGAGAAAAGGAGUGCAGAAUUGCCUGAUGCUGUGGGACCUAUUGUUCAGUUACAAGAGAAACUCUAUGUGCCUGUAAAAGAAUAUCCAGAUUUUAAUUUUGUUGGGAGAAUCCUUGGACCUAGAGGACUUACUGCUAAACAACUUGAAGCAGAAACAGGAUGUAAAAUAAUGGUCCGAGGCAAAGGCUCGAUGAGGGAUAAAAAGAAGGAGGAGCAGAACAGAGGCAAGCCUAAUUGGGAGCAUCUCAAUGAAGAUUUACAUGUACUGAUCACUGUGGAAGAUGCUCAAAACAGAGCAGAGAUCAAACUGAAGAGAGCCGUUGAGGAAGUGAAGAAAUUACUGGUACCUGCAGCAGAGGGAGAAGACAGCCUGAAGAAGAUGCAGCUGAUGGAGCUCGCAAUUCUGAACGGCACCUACAGAGAUGCCAACAUUAAAUCACCAGCCCUUGCCUUUUCUCUUGCAGCAACAGCCCAGGCUGCUCCACGGAUUAUCACUGGGCCUGCGCCUGUCCUCCCACCAGCUGCCCUGCGGACCCCUACGCCCGCUGGCCCUACCAUAAUGCCUUUGAUCAGACAGAUACAGACCGCUGUCAUGCCAAACGGAACUCCUCACCCGACUGCUGCAAUAGUUCCUCCGGGGCCCGAAGCUGGUUUGAUCUACACACCCUAUGAGUACCCCUACACGUUGGCACCAGCUACAUCAAUCCUUGAGUAUCCUAUUGAACCUAGUGGUGUAUUAGGUGCGGUGGCUACUAAAGUUCGAAGGCACGAUAUGCGUGUCCAUCCUUACCAAAGGAUUGUGACCGCAGACCGAGCCGCCACCGGCAACUAACCUAUGACCUUCUGACCUCUGAACUCUUCACCCAAUGAUGACCUGACCAUGCCUGCCUGCUGAUCAGUUAACUGGUAAUCGCCUUUGCUUGCCUGUCGUCAGUGCAGCGAGCUGAGGCACUUUGUCCGUUCGUCUUACCAUCUAACCAAACAAAAGACAAAGAAAUUGUUGUCCUCCAACUCAGCUUUUGGUUUUUCUUUCUGUUUGGGUGAAAGUGGUUCUAGAACCUGCACUGAAUAGUAGUAAAGCAAUAAGGCCCAAUUCAUCCCACAGCACUGAUCAUCUUUUCAUGUCCUACCCUAAGCGAACGGUAAGAAGGCCUCACUUCAGAAGGGGAGACAGAUGGCCCUUAACUACUCAGUGACAGAGGCAGUUACUGUGAGAGACUUCUAGGAAUCUUCUCAUAGCGAGUCACAGCUCUCUGAAUGUACCGUGUGAUGAUGCAUCAUGCAUGAACCUUUGGUCAGGGAUGUCAUUGGUGAAGUGAUUUCAAAAAGUAUUCAAAAUUUGAUAUGCUGUUUAGUCACUACAGUGCCCUCAAAGGGCAGAAGUUGCAGCCUUUUUUAUAUUGCCUGCCAAAAUUUGAAGUAUUAGAAGUGUGCCAUGAGAGAAAAAACAAGGAAUUUUGAGAAGUAAUGCAAAGAACAAAACUGCAACACUAUUUUUAAAAAGAUAAAUAUCUGAGUUAAAAUUACUGAACCUUUAUUUUACAACCUCCUUUAAAAAGUAUACGAGAACAAGGUACAUGCAUUAUGUGUCACAUUACUGGGCAAACUGUUCAAAUAUUUUUUUUAAAACCUCCCUGUAUAGAAAAAAAAAAUCAUUAAGGAUGUAAAAGCCAUGCUUGCCUAUUUGCUGUAUACAUGUAAUGAAAUUGUAGAUAAAGUGUAGUGCAUUGAAACAAAUGAACAAAAAGUAGAUACUUUUACUAUACAAGGGUGCUGGUGCAGAAAAAAAAUAUAUAUAUUUUUGGAAAUGUAGCAUUUUAUACUUUCAAGUGUUAUAAAAAAAAGAAAAAGAACAAAGAAACCCUUUAUUUCAUUAAAUGAUUUUUUCUGGUGGUUGUCAAGAAACAAAAGACCAAAAGAGCCUUUUUGUCUUUCUUUUUUAUUUUUUAAGUAUUGGAAUAAGUCUAAAGAAAAGAAAGUGCCUUAUUUUCCUUCAUGGUCAUUUAGUCAAGUGUCUUGUAAGAUCAGCUCCUCCCUCAGAAUACAAGUUAAUGCAUGUUAACUCAGUCGCCCGCCCAGUAUGUGAAAGAAGAUUUGAGGGGAGACAAAUGAGUUGAUGGUUUGAAUUACAUGAUUUUUGCCACGUUACCUUGAUAGAAAUUUGCCAAAUCUGAUACUGUGAAAAAAUUUGAUAACUUUUCUAAUGUCUGACAAGUAAGUUUUAAAACAUCAUUCUUUUAAAAUCAUAAUUGAGUGCUUUUGGUUAUUGUGAUAUUUAACAGUGGCCCACAAGGUUCUGAGAUAAAAAUUAUGUGUGAUCUGAACAUCAGUUUACAGACAAAAGUAGAACUUUAUUUUAUUCAGAAAAGGAGGGGUGUGUUGGAUUUUUUCUUACUAAAUUGGAGAUAAUACCAUUCUUAGCAAACUUUUUCAGAAAAAUGAAUCUCUAUGAUUUUCACUCUGGAUAACAGUAUUUUUUAAUGGCCCAAAUCUAAUCAGACUUCUUUCUACCGUACCAGAUCACUUGGGUAGUCCAUAUCUUUGGUGGUUUAAGUAACCUAAGAGGCCCCCACCCCCCACACACCUUUUUUUUUAAACCUCAAAAAAAAUAAGAACUGGCAUCAUCGUGCAUGUAAAUGCUCAACUACCUGUGAGUUUAAGCUUCCAGUUUCUCAUGAAAUUCAGUUUUGUAGUUGAAGCGAUUUGUGCACAGAGCCGACUACAUCUAAACACUUAAAUAAUCCUUAACUGCUCAGUACGGAUGUGGCAAAUAUCAAGUGGCAGUGGAUCCCCAGCUCAUCAACUCAUUCCCUCUUGCAUACCUUCACGGCUUCACAGUCAAAGGUCAGCAGUAAGCUCAGUAAGCACCUUCGUGGUGACCUCCUCCAUCAUCUUGUCUCACUUGGAAACCGUUUUCAGUUUAUUUACUAUGCAAUAGACAUUCAUUGUUUUGUAUUCAGCUAGCGUUGGUUUAAUGUGCCACUGCUUUGUCUUUCUGUUACAUAUACAGUUGUUUUGAUUUAUUUACAAUAUAUGCUGUGCCAUUUUGAUUUUUAUUUUGUUUGGUUGGUUGAAUAAAUUUGCGACACUCAAACACUUGAGGUGAUAGUAGUUUAAAAACAAUACCAGUAUUUGAUCCAGUUUCAUCUCAACUACGUUAUACCUGGACAUUUUAGAUGUUUAUCAAAGGUCUUUUAUGGGGAAGAAAGUAAAUAUGAAAUAAAUGUGUGACAUUUAUGAGUAAUGUUGGCUCUGAACAAACUUUUGAAAACUUAGUUGAUAAAAUUUUGGAUCAACUGAAAAAAAAGCAUGACUUUUGAAAUCUCUGAAUGCCUUGGUUCUCAGUAUUAUCAUUCUUUAUUGAAUUUGUUUCUUAUUAAAAUAUGUAGUUUUUAAGACUUCUUUUCUGACAGUAUUAUGUAAUUUUUUAGUGUGGGUAGAUGGGAGUGUCGCUUGUAUGUUACCGUACAGCUGACAUGUAUUUUUGUCAAUUCUUUAUUAUCUUAGUAGUUUCAUGCUAUGUAUGUAUCAUAACCAACCUAUUGCCUAUGAGAAACAUGUAAGAUAAUGUAUUUACAGCCAUUGUUACAAGUUUAUAAUGUAUUUUUCUAUCUUGUUUUAUAUGUAUGUUAUAUAACAUUCAAAAAGAAUUUUUUUCUUGAUUGAGAAAAGGAUACAAAAUGCAGAAUCCACAAUUUUGAUAACUGAAAAUUGCCAAUUGUUUUGCAGUACUUUAUUAUAUUGGGUGUCUUGUCUUUCUUGGGCUUUUAGUUAGCUAAUGAAUGAAUACAUUAGACACUUUUGGGUUUUAGUUGGGAUUUUACAUAGCUUGCAUUUUAAUUCUUUGGUUCUUUGCUGUUUCUAUUAACCCAUAGCAUUAUUUUAAUAAAUGUUAUAAUACCAACCUACUAACUCUGGACUAUGUCUGUUUAUUAACCUUUUCGUGUUUAAUUAAAAUAAACAAAUAAAGACAAAAGAAUGUAAAGUCUUGAGUUACUGGACUAACCCUGAAGAACGUGACCACAGAUAACAUAGCGUGACUUGUUUUUAUGUUGUUUGUCAGCUGACAAUUGCGCACACUACUGUUAAGAUGGCUUUGGUUAUUCUGGCCUUUUACCUUGGGGGGUAGGUGCCAGUAGAGAUGGGAACAAAGUAGCAUCGGUUUGAGGCAUUCUUCUAGUCUUGCCACUUGCCUUUCAGCCUCUUGCAUUACUAAUUCCACACUUUUCUUAUUUUUCCUUCUCCAAAAUAAUCACUGUCUGCUCACAGCGUAAGGAGUAAAGAGAUUCGUUGUGAUGAUAUACCCCAAAAAACCAGUUUGAUUCUUUGUUGAACCAUUUCUUUUAAUUUCUGUUAAGUAGGUAAUUUUAUGGUCACAUUAUAAAGCAAAGAAUCUGAUGAGGCUUUGUCUUUAUUCACAUUUGUGUUUUAAUUAGACAUUUUUCCUUUAUAAAGUGUUGAACUCUUUCAGCCAUUGUUCCUUUUGGGGUGAGGCGGGGGCUCAACCAGGUAAAGCCAAAGGUAGAGUGGCUCUGUUUCUCAGAACAGUCCAAAGUAAGCCAUUAAUAAUGACAGUGCACCCCGCCUCUCUCCUCUUGUAACCCCUAGGGAGAGAUGAGACAGCAUCCUUGAGUUUUCCUGAGGUGUUCUUUCUCUCUCACCCUCUUCCAAAAUACAGCCAGAAUACUCCAUUAAUACAAGAAAUUUAGGGGAGAAUGACAGUGGCAUUUGAGAAGUUACAUCUCAUUCAUUUCUUGCAUGCAAAUCAAUUUAAGAUUUAUUAAAUAUCUUCAUGCUUUUCUUGGCUGCAAUUUAGGUAAAUUGACCUCCACAUAUGAAUUUUAACUCUUGAGGUACAUUUUUAUUUCACAGAUACUGGUAAUUUCCUUUUCUGUGAAAUAGUUCUCCUGGAUAAUAAAUUCUCAGGAUGAAUUUUUAUGUUUGUAAAUAAUGGACUCAUUUUUGUAAAUUACACUUUUAUUUAUUUUAAAGUUCUAAAACUUGGGGCUGAAAGCUACAUGUUAUAAAAGACAUAACUAUACCAAUAUGCUAUUCACCAAUCAGACUGUCAAAGUACUCCCAUAUUUAUAUAUUCCCAUAGAAUACCUACAUAAGUGAAUUACAUACAAUAGUGAUAGCUAAUUUAAUCAUCAUAGAGAUAGUUGUUUGGCUCAAAUAAUAGUUGUUUAUUUGAUGGGGGGGUCAUGUAUUUCUGUUAGGUAGACAGCUUUAAUAUGCUACUAUCUGUAAACAUUCUCAUUGCCGCACAGUUCAUAUAUUAUUCUGUAAAAAUUUGAAGAUACUAGUCAAGCUGCUAAUCUAUAAGUCAUCACAGUACCGUGUCACAUAAAUUGAUGAAUUUCUAUGCAACUCACUACACAUUCUCUGAAGCCUCUGAAUACAGUCUCAUCUCAUUUUCAGUUAAUGGUACUUCAUGUAUAAGUAUGUCAUAUUGUCACCUUUUAUGUUGGAAAAGUUGGAAAAGACUAAAAGGUGGAAAAAGUACAAAUCCCAUUUUAAUAAAAGUUGUAAUAGUAUUAAAAAGGAAACUACCAGAUUCUUAGAAUGAUAAAAUGCUAAGUCUAUUGUUUUAUACUAUCAUUUGACAAAACAAUUGAAAGUUAAGCUUUCAGUCGAGAAAUUUGUAACAUUAAUGUACUUAGUAGUUAAGCAUGUAUUUCUUGGGCAAAGUGUCAGGACGAACAUAGCAUGAAAGCAGAUACACACACUCUAGUGCAGCCACCUGCGCACACAUCGUAGAUUCCGCCCGGAGCCGCAGAAGCACCCUGUUCACAAAGGCAAGACGUGUACGUUCAUACGCAAAAGUGGUGGUUAAGGUUUUCUAAAAAAAAAAAUUAAAAAUACUAGAUAAAUAGGAUCUAAAUUUUCUAGUGCAGUGAAAGCAGACAAUAGGUUUAAAUGAAAUUGCUUGUUACCAAAUCAAGAAUCUUCUUUACCAUUGAAGCCUAACACUUUUAUAUGUCCUAUAUGACAGUUCAGGGUUUCUCCAGUUUUUUGUUGUUUUUCAUUUGCUUGUUUGGGAUAAAAUGUCUGUCUGUAUUCCUUUGUAACAAUUAGCUAUUUUAGAUUUCUAGCAACUGACCUUUAGAAUGAAAUGUAAUGCUAAAUUAUAAUAGCAAAAAUGACUCAGAAAACUUUCUCGGCUCACAAACUUUUUAGAAGUGCCCAAGGUAGUUUUUUAACAUUGUCACAAAUCCCUUAUUAUCUUUAUCUAAAAUAGAAAAAAUCUUACAUUUUAUAGGCAACACUUUUAGAAAUACUCAUAUGGUACACAUGUAAUUUUGUCUGGUUUCUUUUCAUAAAAAAUGAAUUUGAAAUGCCGUUGUUACAAAGAGACUUAAAAUUCUAUGCAUACCUGGUACUCAAUGCUGAAUCAAACUGGUUCACCUAAGCAUAGUGCUCUCCUGUCUGUGUUUCUGCUGCACUAAUUGCCAGGGGCGGGAGAGAAGGAGGAAGAAUUAAUUCAGAUUAGAAGUGGAUGGUAGGUGCAGCAAAUAGCAACACAAUGUUGAUUUUGCAUUGCUUAUGAUUUUGCUCUCCUUUCUUGGCAAAAGACAUCACCUUGUGGAAAAAGCUCAGCUCCCAGGGUAAAAAACGAUAUAUAUAUAAUAUAUAUAUAUAAUUUUCAAUGCUCUUAUUGAGAAGUUUUGAUUACCAAAUACAUCUUUAUGGUUUAUACUGUAGUGGUGUGUAUAAGACAUUUAGAACUUUACUUGUGGAAAUUGUAUAUAUAGAGAAAAGUUUGCAUAGGUCUCAAAUCACAUGUGAAUGGAGAACCACGUAUGACUGUACAUGAAGUGCAAUAAACCAACUGGAAAACGUG